GCUUGUUUGUUUUUCUUUACGAGGUUUAUCUCGGAUUUGCUUAUUUAGCUACCAAGCUAGAGUCUUCGGAUGAACUAGCACGUGUAGUUAACCAGGCCAGCUAACUAGCUAACUAGAUGGUGCAAAUCGGUUAAAAACAGCUGCCACCAUGCUGGGGACGACAACAGGAAGGAAACAAAAGAAGGAAAUAGUUGGAGAGAUUCAACUGAACAUUUGUCCAGAUGAAACAAAGCUCCCAGGUAUUCUAGAAAAAACUGGGAGAAAAUGGAAAACAACAUCGAGGCUGAAAACACAACCAGAUGGAGGGGCUGUAGAGGGCAGCAGGAGAAAGAGACAACCAGAUGGAGGGGCUGUAGAGGGCAGCAGGAGAAAGAGACAACCAGAUGGAGGGGCUGUAGAGGGCAGCAGGAGAAAGAGACAACCAGAUGGAGGGGCUGUAGAGGGCAGCAGGAGAAAGAGACAACCAGAUGGAGGGGCUGUAGAGGGCAGCAGGAGAAAGAGACAACCAGAUAGAGGGGCUGUAGAGGGCAGCAGGAGAAAGAGACAACCAGAUGGAGGGGCUGUAGAGGGCAGCAGGAGAAAGAGACAACCAGAUAGAGGAGCUGUAGAGGGCAGCAGGAGAAAGAGACAACCAGAUGGAGGGGCUGUAGAGGGCAGCAGGAGAAAGAGACAACCAGAUAGAGGAGCUGUAGAGGGCAGCAGGAGAAGAAAGAGACAACCAGAUGGAGGGGCUGUAGAGGGCAGCAGGAGAAGAAAGAGACAACCAGAUAGAGGAGCUGUAGAGGGCAGCAGGAGAAAGAGACAACCAGAUGGAGGAGCUGUAGAGGGCAGCAGGAGAAAGAGACAACCAGAUGGAGGGGCUGUAGAGGGCAGCAGGAGAAGAAAGAGACAACCAGAUAGAGGGGCUGUAGAGGGCAGCAGGAGAAAGAGACAACCAGAUGGAGGGGCUGUAGAGGGCAGCAGGAGAAAGAGACAACCAGAUGGAGGGGCUGUAGAGGGCAGCAGGAGAAAGAGACAACCAGAUGGAGGGGCUGUAGAGGGCAGCAGGAGAAAGAGACAACCAGAUGGAGGGGCUGUAGAGGGCAGCAGGAGAAAGAGACAACCAGAUGGAGGGGCUGUAGAGGGCAGCAGGAGAAAGAGACAACCAGAUGGAGGGGCUGUAGAGGGCAGCAGGAGAAAGAGACAACGCUGCAGAGAGUCCGACACGGGAAUGGACAGUGUCCCCUCUAAGUCUAACAACAGGACUCCUGAUGCUGCACCAGAAUCUGAGACCGGGGAAGAUGGCCCCCAUACAACCACGGUUGAGACAAGCACCCAACACCGUAGACGCAUCCAAAACGAUAAAGCUCUCAGUGAAAACGAAUGGAGGGCUAUGAUUGAGCUCCAAGAGUUUGUUCCCAAUGUUGCGUCUCGUCCUGUUAAUAAGAUCAGAGCGAUGAUCAAGUAUGAUCUUUAUCGAUUCAAGGAAUUCCGAAGACAAGGCAUUUCCCUGCGAACUGGACGAUACAGCGCACAGGAGAACAAACAACUGAUGAGUAACAUAAAAGACUUCCUGGCUCUCACAGGGAUUGAGAAUGCUGCUAAACUCUUCCAUACAAAGCGCUUCAAAGACGAACUGACACAAAUCCAGAGGUUGAAGAGUCAUCACAGGUUCCCUGAAAGAAUAGCUGAAGGAAUCCCAAGGCCUUGGCAUAAGGUCUAUAGUCGUGGUGGGAGGAAAAUGUUUGAUGGUAGCAGCUACAAGGGCAGACGAAGGUUCAGCGAAGAUGAACUUUACUCUUUGAAAAAACUGCAGACGUUGCACGGCAACAAUUGGGUGAAGAUCUCGCAGUUGACUGGCCGGAGUGAAACGCCCCUCAGGAAGCGUUUUUCUCAGAUGUUCGCAAACUUAGGUUCUUGGAGCGAAGAAGAACUGAAGAGACUAAUGGAAGCUGUUCGAGACCACCUGCUGGGACAGGUGGAGCCUGGCAGAGGACAUGCCACCAUCAGGAAAGACAAGCUGUACAACAACAUCCCCUGGACAGAUGUAUGCCGGAGGGUUAGGACACGCCACCGGGACCAGUGUAGAAUGAAAUGGUUGGGUGUUAUGGCACACAAAAUGACAUAUGGACAACCAGUAUUCAGUGGAGGUGUGAAAACUGUAAAGGCUAAAGUGGAUUUGAUCAAAGCGUUGAACGCAAUGCAGGUGGAAGAUGCAACAGAUAUUGACUGGGAAGAAAUUGCUCACACAAUUGGGGGUGUGACUCCUUGCUACGUGCAGAUGCACUACCACAAGCUGAAAGUAGCCAAAGUGCCAUUGAGACAGAGCAUGUCUUUCUGUGGUAGGUACAAGCUGAAAGUAGCCAAAGUGCCAUUGAGACAGAGCAUGUCUUUCUGUGGUAGGUACAAGCUGAAAGUAUCCAAAGUGCCAUUGAGACAGAGCAUGUCUUUCUGUGGUAGGUACAAGCUGAAAGUAGCCAAAGUGCCAUUGAGACAGAGCAUGUCUUUCUGUGAGAUCAUUGAUUUCCUGUACAGUAGUGUUCUGCCCAAGUUUGAAGAGCUCCUCCGACACAGUCAGACUGAGUCAGGGGAGACCGAGUCCAGAGAUCUCCACCAGGUUCAGACUGAGUCAGGGGAGACCGAGUCCAGAGAUCUCCACCAGGUUCAGACUGAGUCAGGGGAGACCGAGUCCAGAGAUCUCCACCAGGUUCAGACUGAGUCAGGGGAGACUGAGUCCAGAGACGAUCCACAAGAUCUCUUCCUGCUCUCAGAGAUCUUUGAAAAUGAAGACGACUGAGAUUAUUACAGCGAGGUUCAGAACAGUUGAUUAUCAAUCAUUUUUAUCUCUGCAAGCUUUAUUUUUUUUAAUGUUAUUUCAAAGGCAGCUUUUGAAAAGAGUCAUUUGGAUGUUUUCCUUUUCUGAAAUUCCCUGAUACAGAAGUCCUGGAUGCUUUGUUAACAUUAGACGUGAUUACACCCCCAGGGGCUGAGCAUCUGGAGCCUGGUCUGCUUAUGUGUGCAGCCACCCCUUAUUGCUUUGUUAACAUUAGACAUGAUUACACCCCCAGGGGCUGAGCAUCUGGAGCCUGGUCUGCUUAUGUGUGCAGCCACCCCUUAUUCCUGCAUCAGUAGCCCAUAUUUUUAAUGUAACAUUGUUAUCAGGAAGUAUUAAAAGAACAUGGACGUAUGUGCCCACACUUCAUAAGGACGGUAGUGACUUACUCACUUUUCAACACUUCCUUGUUUAGCUGAGAUUCUUGAAUCCUUGAUCAAUGUACAACUCAAUGUACAACUCUGGUCCCGUGUGGCUCAGUUGGUAGAGCAUGGCGCUUGCAACGCCAGGGUUGUGGGUUCAAUGCCCACGGGGGGACCAGGGUUCAAUUCCCACGGGGGGGGACCAGGAUGAAUAUGUAUGAACUUUCCAAUUUGUAAGUCGCUCUGGAUAAGAGCUUCUGCUAAAUGACUUAAAUGUAAAUGUUUGUUCUUUUUUAAAAAUCUGAUAAUUGUAUUCUUAUUAUAAACCAAUCAGGGUUUUAGCCCUGGUUAUAAUACUA